AUGACAACUUCUAUAACGAACUACUAUAAUGAACAAUGUUAUAACAAUACUAAAGAUUGUCUUAGUAGUGCGCAAUUGGUAUGUCUUGAUAGGCAACAAUAUUUACUAACACCAGUCAAAUUACAACACGUUUUGAUUGCUGAAAAAACACCUGAACGAAAAGGUGUUAAAAAUGUAGAGAGAUCAUCAUUCGUGCUUACUUCAGCGGAAUGGCAGAAGACUGAAAACGACAAAUUAAAAGUUAAAAAACUUAAAGAAGAAGAACAAGAGACUCGCAAGAAGAACAGAUUACUUAAACAAGAUGAAAAAAACAAAACAAAAGAAACCACCAGAAACAAGAUUAACAAGAAAGCAAAAGGGACAAUAUAUACCAAAAAAGAAGAGACAGAAGCUAAUAAUAUACAGGAGACAAAAGAAAAUAAAUCACAAGAGACUUUCAUCAAUCACCACCAGUCAUUUAAACACGAAGGUAUCAUUUAUAACACGAAUAUACCAUCCUCACCUAAAAAUGAAUACCCGUUUAACAUUAAGAAAAGAAAAGCCGAAGAGCAGAGUAUGUAUCCACCAAAUAAAAAAAUCCAAAUUCUUUCCGACAUUAAACUUAAUUUACCACCCAGAACCACGCAAGUUGGUCAAAGAGAUAACAAACCAAUAGACACGUUGGAAAAAAUAAUAAACAAUAAAAGAAAGAAGACUUACUCUUUACAAGAACUAGAGAAGAUCUUUCAAGAGGAUUAG